AUGGCAACAGAGACUAAAAGGAUGUUACUCAUCAGCUCUCUCCUUCCUCAACCACCAAAGAAGAAACCGGUGAACAAUGCCACCGCCAGAGUGAUGACUAACAAGAAAAUGGUCAGCCCCUACCCUAAUGGAGAGGCUCUCAGCACGCUGCCCUAUGGGUGGAAACUGAGUCCCAUGGUGGGGGCUGUAUACGGACCAGAGAUCUACGCAGUCCCUGGUUUUCCUUACCCAUCGGCGGCAGCAGCAGCAACGACAGCAGCAGCAGCAGCGUUCCGCGGCGCCCACCUCCGGGGCCGGGGUCGUCCCGUUUACAGCGCCGUACGGGCCGCCGUGCCUCAGCCCGCCAUCCCUGCCUACCCUGGCGUGGUGUAUCAGGAUGGGUUUUACGGAGCUGCAGACUUGUAUGGAGGCUACCCCGCUGCCGCCGCUGCUGCUGCCUAUCGCUACGCUCAGCCCGCUGCUGUAACCGGGGCGACGGCCGCCGCCGCCGCCUACAGUGACAGUUACGGCCGGGUGUACACCACAGAUCCCUACCACGCUCUGACCCCGGCCGCCGCCGCCGCUUACGGCGUGGGAGCCAUGGUGAGAUCGGCCUCGGUGUAUCCUUACGCAGUCCCCUCCGACCUGUCCCAGUCCUCUCAUAGCUCUCUGUCUGCUGGUCUCUUUCAGGCCAGCCUAUACCGAGCGGGAUACAGCCGGUUCGCUCCGUACUAA